AUGGAGGAGGAGCUGAAGUGCCCCGUGUGCGGCUCCCUGUUUCGGGAGCCCAUCAUCUUGCCCUGUUCCCACAACGUUUGUCUUCCUUGCGCUCGUACGAUCGCUGUUCAGACACCGGACGGCGAGCAACACCUGCCCCAGCCGCUCCUGCACUCCCGCGGCUCCGGGCUACCGGCGGCCGCCGCCGCAGCGCCUCCUCUGGACCAAGACCCGGCGGCUGGCCCGGCCUGCAGCGGCGGGAGCGGGGGCGCAGCUGGCGGCCUGGGCGGCGGUGCGGGAGGUGGCGGGGACCACGCGGACAAGCUGAGCUUGUACAGUGAGACGGACAGCGGUUACGGUUCCUACACCCCGAGCCUCAAGUCUCCCAAUGGGGUUCGCGUGCUGCCCAUGGUGCCCGCACCGCCUGGCUCCUCGGCCGCCGCGGCCCGGGGAGCCGCCUGCUCCUCGCUGUCCUCGUCCUCCUCAAGCUCCAUCACGUGCCCGCAGUGCCACCGCAGCGCGUCCCUGGACCACCGAGGCCUGCGCGGCUUCCAGCGCAACCGGCUGCUCGAGGCCAUCGUGCAAAGGUACCAGCAGGGCCGCGGGGCCGUGCAUGGGGCGUCCGCAGCCGCUGCAGUGGCCAUCUGCCAGUUGUGCGACCGCACCCCGCCUGAGCCGGCCGCCACGCUAUGCGAGCAAUGCGACGUGCUCUACUGUGCUGCCUGCCAGCUCAAAUGCCAUCCAUCCCGGGGACCCUUCGCUAAGCACCGCCUGGUGCAGCCGCCGCCGCCGCCCGCGCCCGCCGAGGCCGCCUCAGCAUCCCCAGGCGCGGCCCAGGGCGCCCCCAGCGGAGGCGGUGGCUGCAAGAGCCCGGGGGGCGCAGGGGCCGGAGCUGCUGGGGGCGGCGCUGCCCGCAAGUUCCCUACGUGCCCGGAACACGAAAUGGAGAACUACAGCAUGUACUGCGUGAGCUGCCGAACCCCGGUGUGCUAUCUGUGCCUGGAGGAGGGCCGUCACGGCAAGCACGAGGUGAAGCAGCUGGGAUCCAUGUGGAAACAGCACAAGGCCCAACUGUCCCAGGCCUUAAAUGGGGUUUCCGAUAAGGCGAAAGAAGCAAAGGAGUUUCUGGUCCAGCUGAAGAACAUCCUGCAGCAGAUCCAGGAAAACGGACUGGACUAUGAAGCCUGCCUAGUUGCUCAGUGUGAUGCACUGGUCGAUGCUUUAACUCGGCAGAAAGCCAAGCUGCUCACCAAGGUCACUAAAGAGAGGGAACACAAACUGAAGAUGGUUUGGGACCAGAUCAAUCAUUGUACAUUGAAGCUGCGCCAAUCAACAGGGCUGAUGGAGUACUGCCUGGAGGUGAUCAAGGAGAAUGACCCCUCCGGGUUCCUACAGAUCUCAGAUGCUCUGAUCAAGCGUGUCCAGGUGUCUCAGGAACAGUGGGUCAAAGGUGCCCUGGAGCCGAAAGUAUCUGCGGAGUUUGACCUGACCUUGGACAGUGAGCCACUGCUGCAGGCCAUCCAUCAGCUGGACUUCAUCCAGAUGAAAUGUAGGGUACCGCCCGUCCCCCUGCUGCAGCUGGAGAAGUGCUGCACCCACAACAACAGUGUCACACUGGCCUGGAGAAUGCCACCCUUCACCCACAGCCCUGUGGACGGCUACAUCCUGGAGCUGGAUGACGGCGAUGGGGGGCAGUUCCGGGAAGUGUAUGUUGGCAAAGAGACCCUGUGCACCAUCGACGGUCUCCAUUUCAACAGCACCUACAACGCCAGGGUCAAGGCUUUCAACUCCUCUGGCGUCGGGCCUUACAGUAAAACCGUGGUCCUGCAGACAUCUGAUGUGGCCUGGUUCACCUUUGACCCCAACUCUGGUCACCGGGACAUCAUUUUAUCCAAUGACAACCAGACGGCCACCUGCAGCAGUUACGACGACCGGGUGGUGCUGGGCACAGCGGCAUUCUCCAAGGGUGUACACUACUGGGAGCUGCAUGUGGAUCGGUAUGACAACCACCCGGACCCCGCCUUUGGGGUGGCCAGGGCCAGCGUGGUCAAGGACAUGAUGCUGGGCAAGGACGACAAGGCCUGGGCCAUGUAUGUGGACAACAACCGCAGCUGGUUCAUGCACUGCAACUCCCACACCAACAGGACGGAAGGCGGUGUGUGCAAGGGGGCCACUGUUGGAGUGCUCCUGGACUUGAACAAGCACACUCUGACCUUCUUCAUCAAUGGGCAGCAGCAGGGGCCCACAGCCUUCAGCCACGUGGAUGGGGUCUUCAUGCCAGCCCUCAGCCUCAACCGCAACGUGCAGGUCACCCUGCACACAGGAUUGGAAGUGCCAACAAAUCUGGGGCGGCCAAAGCUGUCAGGCAACUAG